CCGCUCGCGGGAAAAGGGGGCGGCGGCGUCCGCGCUGGCUGGCUGGCUGGGCUCGGCUCCCCGCAGUAUAUAGAAGAAGCCCUGGCUGGGGAUCUGGCUGCAGCGAUCUGGCAUUUCCUCCAGCUCCUGCUUCCUUUGCCGCGGGAUCAACUCCACCACCACCACCCCGCCGCCAGUUCCGCGAGGGAUCCGCUGCUUUUGCAAAUCCUGCAACCGUCAUGUCUCCAUCCUCGACGCCCUUCGCCAGCCCUUUCGCCAGACCUCGCUGCCUGGCUGCAGCGGCUCCGGCGGGCAAAACUAAACUUACCCACCCGGGCAAAGCGAUCUUAGCAGGUGGCAUCGCUGGCGGGAUUGAGAUUUGCAUUACAUUCCCCACAGAGUAUGUGAAAACGCAGCUUCAGCUGGAUGAGAAAGCAAACCCGCCUCGCUACAAAGGAAUUGUGGACUGUGUCAAGGUGACCGUCCGAGAUCAUGGGAUCAAGGGGCUCUAUCGUGGCCUCAGCUCUCUGGUUUAUGGUUCCAUACCGAAAGCCGCCGUGAGGUUUGGCAUGUUUGAAUUCCUCAGCAACCACAUGAGAGACGCAGAAGGGAAGUUGGACAGCAAACGAGGGCUCCUGGCUGGCUUGGGGGCUGGCGUGGCUGAAGCGGUGCUUGUGGUGUGCCCUAUGGAAACCAUAAAAGUGAAGUUCAUCCACGAUCAGUGCUCUCCGCAGCCAAAAUAUCGAGGUUUCUUCCAUGGGGUGCGAGAGAUCAUUCGGACACAAGGCCUCAGGGGAACUUACCAAGGUUUGACAGCGACUGUCCUGAAACAGGGAUCCAACCAGGCUAUCCGCUUUUUCGUCAUGACAGCUCUCAGGAAUUGGUACAAAGGAGAUAACCCAAAUAAAACCAUCAACCCGCUUGUUACUGGGUUGUUUGGGGCGAUCGCCGGUGCAGCCAGCGUCUUUGGCAACACGCCACUGGAUGUCGUGAAGACCAGGAUGCAGGGCCUGGAGGCUCACAAGUACAAAAGCACCUGGGACUGUGGCUAUCAGAUCAUGAAAUAUGAAGGACCUCUUGCGUUUUACAAGGGCACGAUCCCCCGCCUGGGCCGGGUCUGCUUAGACGUGGCCAUUGUGUUCAUUAUCUACGACGAAGUGGUCAAGGUACUCAACAAGGUGUGGAAAACGGACUGAGCGCCCGCGGAGGGCGUGCGCCACUUCCUCCCCACCCGCCAGGCAACAGCGGGGAGGGGAGGGGACGGCACGACCCACCACAGACGGGGGUGGUUCCUACCCACAGCUCCCCGCCCACCCAGCAAGUACGGUAGUGCCAGCAUUCCAGGGCUCCUUCAGCUCCACAGGUGGGAUCUGGAUACGGAUCACGUCCCCGACCUGCUGUCUUCAUAUCAAGCUCAACGACACGUUUUAUUUAUAUCCGAAUGAACUGUGGCCGUGCUGCUUGUUUUUUAAUUACCGACGAUAUGAUAAUGUGACCAGAUUGGAUGGGGGGAACAAAGGCGGGAUGGUUUCGUGCUACAUCUCCGGCUGCUAAAGUUGGGGGGAACGGGGUGGAGGGGUGGGGCGAGUUCAACUGGUGCCCAUCAGAAAGAGAAAGGGAACUUUCCCCGCCCCCCUGUCCCCCACACCAACCCCAACACCCGCUAGAAUACAAGUCCAAGAAGCUUUUUUUCCCCUUCUAGAAACAAACACACAUGAAUUUACAGGUUCCCAAUCGCUGGUCUAGAGCAGAGUUUCCCAAACUUAGGUCUCCAGCUGUUUUUUUGUUUUUUUUUUACUACAGCUCCCAUCAUCCUGAGCUAGCAGCACCAGUGGUCAGGGAUGAUGGGAAUUGUAGUUCCAAAACCAGCUAGAGGGCCCAAGGUUGGGAAACCCUGGUCUAGAGCAAGGGUGGCCUUCCAGAGCUUGUGGCAGUACAGCCUUUCAAAUAUUGAUGGAAUACAACUCCCAUCAUCCCUGCCCGUUGGCCAUGGUGGCUCUGGCUGAUGGGACUUGGAGUCCAAAGACUUCUGGGAUGCCUCUGCUGUCUUUCUGAGAAGCUGGUGUUGAAACAUGCGCUAAGUAAGAAGUCGUCCCUGGUUGUUUACCAGAAGGCAAUUGCCAGCUCGUUGAGCUCCAGCCAAAGAAGAUCUCGCGAAUUGUUGACCGACGGUGCCACCUCAGAAAGCUUGCAGAGGUAGGGAAAGGACGACAAACAUCUGGGUGUUUGCCAGUCCUUCCUAUACCCCUUCCCCCAGUUGCUGCUAGCAGAGAAGAAAGCCUUGGAGGUCACGACACAUAUGCACACACACACACCCAAAUACUUGAGUACAUUCCAUGAGUCCUGCUCCAAUAGUAUUCUCUCGCCAGCUAACUCUUGGUAUUGCCAAACGCGGGGGUCCCUAGAAAAGGUGUUGCUGGACAACAAGCCCCAUCACCCCUGCCCGUUGGACCAUCCUAGCUGGGGCUGAUGGGAGUUAGGAACCCAGCAGCAGCUGAAGGCCUCUGGUUCUGCGCCUGGGUUCUCCUUGGAUGACGUAGAGGAGGAGGAGGAAUUGCCACCUCUGCAGGCUCCGAACAACGGCCUCAGCAGUGGAAGCUGGUCCAUUUUGGUGAAUGGGGCAUUGCCCCGUCUCCACCUCAGCUUGCCCCCGCCCCAUCACCGCCUGCCUUCUUACAACCAGGCAACGGUGGCAGCCCUGCCUGUCAACUUUAGUCUCUGUGUCGUCCUUGUAGGAUGCAAGCAGGCGGAUUAGAAUUGGCUGUCUGCUGUUUGGGCUCCAUGCCCUUCUGCCCUGCCAGUCCCAAUGGGCGCCAGCCAGCCCUAGCCCCAGGAGGGCCUGGUUCUCCCAGCAGCCCACAGAAAUGGGGCAGCGGUGGAGGGGCUGCUAUGGUGGCGGGGCAGUGGAAUAUGGGAGGGCAGUCUGUACUGGGUGCCUUGGCAGUGGGCUGCCACGGCUGACUCCUAACACCAGCCCUGGGUGGGGAUCUCAUUCGCCCUUCCCCAUCCUACGCUCAUGCCUUCUAUGCUUCCCCCCUGCUAAAGUCCGCAUUCCAAAGAUCUGUCGCGAUUGGUGUUUUUCUUACUCGCUCUAAUAAAAGCUUGGGGGACCCACUCCCCUGACCUCCAUAAAUGUUUCUGCUGAGUCGGGAGAGUCGAAUUAAUUCCCACGCGUACACCCAGCCCGUAAUAUUAGCUCAUUCCAUAGAAUUCACUUGUUUACAUUGGGGGGUGGGGGAGGGAAAGAGGGAUAUGAAAAACAGAAGUGAUAGCCCCUGUCUAGAGCCUGUUUCUCGUGCCCCAGGUGGAAAAGGGACUCCCCACCCAAACAGAAUACUGGUCAGAGGGACCUACCUGCCCUCCCUCUGGCUCUGCUGAAGCUUACACAGAAAGUGUGCAAAGCAGGGGCGAGGUUGGUGCAAGCGCGUCAGCAGGAGCGCAAGACUGGCUCUGCUGGUGUGUUUGCACCACUGCGGCCUCGCUCCCUGCCACUUGCCAAUGACACGGGUGUUAGGAGUCAAGGGCUACCUGAUUCUCCUUUACAGAUUGUGUUUUCCCUCUCUCCUCGGAAGCUUCCUCCUCUUUUUCUCCUUUUGCUUUUGAAGACCAUAAUGUCUUGCUUGAGAAUACAUGUAGGCUUAGCAGACCCUGCUCUGGCUCACUUGCGCUUUUUUCUGUACUAGGAAGGGACCUUCCCCCAGGUGCCAGGGAAACUCGCCGACAAUUCCGUUACGGAUCUGUGCCAAAUUUUGUGCGUCUCUCGUCCUUUUCAGUACACGUGGGGGCCUCCCCCUCCUCCCUGUUGCUCUAGUCUUUGCUAGCUAUGUACUGUGGGCUAACUCAAUGCAGCCAGCUGUUGAUAGGGGAAGCGUUUAGUGCAGUGUGCUGCCCUCCGGAUGGGGUGGACUACAUUUCCCAUCAUCCUUGAUCGUUGGUACUGCUGGCUGGGUCUGAUGGGAGCUGCAGUUGAAGGCAGCUUGGAGGGCACCUUCAGGGUUAGGGAACAAAUCCCAGGCAGAUCUGUUUCCCUGCCACCACAUAUUUUAAGGUGCAUUCUAGUUGCAAAACUAAUAAAACGAUAAGCCUGCUCCGAGGAAGCUGUGGGCUGGGGCCGCUCCACCGCGUGAAACCCUUUGAAUGAGAAUUAAGCUUCAUCUGUCCAAACACACCUUUAUGAGCAUAUGGGCUGCAAGUGAUAGAUCAGGGGUGGGGAGGCCUGUAGACUUCCAGAUAUUGCCCUACAGAGGUACCUUGGUUUACGACCAUAAUCCAUUCCAGAGGUCCCUUCGUAAACCAAAACAGGUCGUAACCCAAGGCGCGCUUUCACCAAUGGGGCCUCCAAAAAAAUUGGUUCGUAAUCCUCAAAAAAGUGUUCGUAAUCCCAAAAAAAGUUCGCAAACCGGGACACGCAGUUCCAGGUUGGAGGUGUUCAUAAUCCAAAACUUACACAAACCAGGCUGUUCACAAACCAAGGUACCACCAUAGCUGCCAAGUUUUCCCUUUUCUCGCGAGGAAGCCUAUUCAGCAUAAGGGAAUUUCCCUUUAAAAAAGGGAGAGCUUGGCAGCUAUGGGUACCACUGUACUAGAAUUCCCAUCAUUCCUGACUGCGGGUGAUGGCAGGUGUAGUCCAGCAUCAUCUGGAGAACUUACAGGUUCCUCAUUCUUACAGUAGACUUUAUUUGCUGCAUAAUUUCAAUUUCACAGAAACGGGGGCCCUGGCUGUGUCCCUGCCCGUAUUUCCACACAUGUGCUCCCCAACCAUUUAGGGAGGCGUGCUGUGGUAGACAUCUCCACUUCCUGUGGCAGAACCUUUGGGCUUCCAGAUAUUGGUGAACUUCAGCCCCAGCGAGCAUUGCCAAUGGCCAGGGAUGAUGGGAGUUGUAGCCAACCGACAUCUGGACUCUUAACUGUCCUACAGGCUUGGAUAACAGGUGUCCAGGCUAUGUUUUUGUGGUGACCAUGCGGCAAGCAAAGGCAGGUGAUGCAUUGGAAUGGGGAUUUUGUUGCUUGUGGGGGUGCGUGGUGUUAUUUUUUUUACACAGACCGAGGAUUUCUGAAUUGAAUGUGUUUUUGUUUUUUUAAUUCACUGUCUGCACCGGCAGCCUGAUACUAGAAUGGUUUUGGAACUUCUCAGCCCUGCGGCGAGGACGCCAACCAAUAAAGCCAAAGUUGCCUGUU